AUGAACGCCACCUCAUUCACACUGAAUCUCUCCAGUUUAAGCAACGGGACAGAUGUGGCGGUCUCUGGUCCCGUCACCUGGAGGAUGGCCAUGAUCACUUUCAUAACCGUCCCACUCUCCAUCAUCACCAUCAUAGGCAAUGUCCUGGUCAUGAUCUCUUUUCGGGUCAACCCGCUCCUGAGGACAGUGAGCAACUACUUCCUCCUGAGCUUGGCCGUGGCCGACUUCAUUUUAGGCGCCGUCUCGAUGAACCUCUACACUACCUACAUCCUGAUCGGCCAGUGGACUUUAGGAAACCUCGCCUGUGAUGUGUGGCUGGCUUUGGAUUAUGUGGCAAGCAACGCCUCUGUUAUGAACCUGCUGGCCAUCAGUGUCGACCGCUACCUCUCUGUCAUGCGACCUCUGACCUAUCGGGCCACUAGAACGCCCAGAAGAGCGGCGGUGCUGAUUACUCUAGCAUGGAUCAUCUCGUUUGUGCUUUGGGCUCCAGCUAUUUUGUUCUGGCAGUAUAUAGUGGGUGAACGGACUGUUCCAGAAGGAGAGUGUUCAGUGCAGUUCCUGUCUCAGCCUGUGAUCACAUUCGGGACGGCCAUCGCUGCAUUUUACCUGCCGGUGAGCGUGAUGGUGGCGUUGUACUGGCGUGUGUACCGUGAGACAGAGAAACGCUCUCAGCAGCUCGCUGGACUCAUCGCUUCACAGGGAGGACGCACGGGAAACACAUCUCAGAGUGACGCAGGAAGGAACAAGACAUCCUGUUGA